AUGCCUUCAGAAGGAGAAUCGUCAUCCAAGGCUGCUGAGAUCAAACCCUCAGAGACAACAGCUACCAGUAACAUUCGUCUCAAGUUUGAUGGACUCCCUAAACUUCAAGGGCAAUCCAACUAUCAAACUUGGGCGAGUGCCUGGAGGAUAACGUUCGACGCUGUAGACUGGUGGGAAGCGUUGAGUAUCGAGAACCCUGACGAGAAUGACACCGAACUCAGCAAAACCGAGAUAAAGAAGGCUCGUAAACAAAUGCACAGCCUUCUCAUCUCUGCUGUAUGCGAAGAAAUACAACCAACAGUCGUCUCCGCCGAAAAUGCAUUCUACACAUGGAAGGCGCUCAAAGACCUCUACGAUCGUGUCUCACCCAAUACCACGAUCACCCUCCUCAGCCGUGUCCUAGACACGAAGAUGCAAGAAGGCGGAUCACUGACCGAGCAUCUCGCGACCUUCGAAGCGAACUGGAAUACUCUCAAGUCCAGAUGCCAAAGCGCAGACCACAAACUCGCUCAGGCUCUCCUACCCCUCACCAAAUCCAACGAAGCCAUGGCGCCAUUCCUCCUAAGCUCGCUACCCAAAUCGAUGAGCAACGUUGUAGACAACAUCCAGACCAAACAGGAUGUCACCUACGAAGACGUACGCCAACGACUACAGAACCUGGAUGAGGUACCCCCUCAAUCAGGAAACAAAGUACUCCAUACCAGGAGUACUACAAGCGACAAGGAAUCCACCUGGUGCAAGAAAAGGGGUCAGCCUUACAAAGGCCACGAGUACACGGAGUGCAGAAAGCUCAAAGAACAGAACAAGAACAGAAAGGGAAGGAGAAAGGACAACUCGGCAUCGGUUGUAGUAAAUGACUCUACAACCACUAUCUGUAUGGUACGCCACGACAUCUCCCAACCCCUUACUUGGAUCCUUGAUUCUGGAGCAACCUCUCACGUCACACCCUUCCAAGACCAACUCAUCGACAUCCGACCUCACACCGGCAACGUCCGAACAGCUGAUGGAACCAACCACGCUGUCACCGGAAUGGGAAGCGCUAGUUUCAGCUGCCACCUUCCCGAUGGAAGUAGAUCUUCCAUACUCCUCACCGAUGUGCUGUUGGUCCCAACCUUGGGAAUUGUGGGAUUGGUCUCCGAAACCGUGCUCGACAAAAAGGGAUUUAGAACGGAGUCAGGAGGAGGAAGCAAGUUGGUUACAAAAGAAAAGAAAGGAAUAAUUUGGGGAAAAUUGGAAAAGGGACUUUGGAAUGUACAAGUAGUUAGCAAUACAGUUCGUUUGACCUCUUACGAUGAAUGGCAUCAAGCGUUAGGCCACCCUGCGACACUAGAAAACUUGUAUCACGACAUUCAAAGGCUGCCUCCCAAACCAGAAAGUUACCACUGCAGUCAAUGUGCACUAUCAAAAAGCGUACACAAGAAACCUGCACCAAUUAGUACUAGAUCCGAACGACCAUUCAAACUAAUCCACUCAGAUCUAUCUGGAAAGUUCAGUAUACAGUCACAAGGAAAAGCUCAGUACUAUAUGUCCUUCAUCGAUGAUUUCACCCGCUUCGCAUGGAUAUACCUCCUGAAACAGAAAGAAGACGCAAAAAAAGCCAUCAAGGAUUACGUUACAAGGAUCGAGAAACAGUAUAGCACAACAAUACUGAGAUUCAGAACGGAUGGUGGUGGUGAAUACAUCAACAAGGACAUAACGAACUACUUCGAUUAA